AUGACCUCUGCUGAAUUUGGAAGCCCUUUGCGAAAGUAUAAGCUUGUUUUCUUGGGAGAGCAAAGUGUGGGAAAGACAUCGCUUAUUACUCGAUUCAUGUACGAUACAUUUGACAGCACUUAUCAGGCGACGAUUGGUAUCGAUUUUCUUUCAAAAACUAUGUAUUUAGAUAGUAAAACAGUUCGUUUACAGUUAUGGGACACAGCUGGUCAGGAACGAUUCCGAAGUCUCAUCCCGAGUUAUAUCAGAGAUUCUUCCGUAGCUGUAAUUGUUUAUGACAUGUCUAAUCGAGAGUCUUUCUUGAAUACAUCAAAAUGGAUAGAUGAUGUACGUGCAGAAAGAGGAAAUGAAGCUAUUGUUGUACUAGUGGGAAACAAAACCGAUCUUAAUGAAAAAAGGGACGUCACAACAGAAGAAGGAGAAAAGAGAGCUAAAGAAUUAAACGUCAUGUUUAUUGAGACAAGUGCAAAAGCAGGACACAACGUAAAGAUGCUAUUUAAAAAAAUUGCACAAGCCUUACCAGGAAUUAACGGAAAUUCAAUCAAUGAUCAAAAGGAUCAAAUGCAAAAAAUCAAUCUCAGUAACUCUGGUUCUGAAGCAAGUGGUUGCGCUUGUUAA